CAUCUCUCCAGCGAGCUCUCUGUCGUGUCCCUCGGUUUUUCACAGCCGUCCACGCUCUCUCCGUCCCACGUUCUUUGCUCUAUCUUACUCUGCGCCCGCAGAAAAGCGUCAACUCGUCCCUACCGACUAAUACGACCCGCAAGAAACAUGUUUUCCUCGCUUUUGGGUGCUACCCUGUUUUCGCUCGCCCUCGGGGCCACCGCGUCGUCCCACGGACCCGCCCACCACCGUCGUCACGAGGAAAUCGCGGCCCAGGUCAACAACGUCACUGAGACCCACCUUCAUCGCCGCGGGCAAACCUACACCGGUGCCCGCCUCACCUACUACGAUGUCGGGCUGGGUGCCUGUGGCGAGUAUAACAACCCUGGUGACUUCAUCGUGGCGUUGAACUCUGGCUCCUACGGUGGCGGCUACCCCGGCCCUAACUGCAAGCGCCCCAUCGAGAUCACGUAUAACGGGAAGACCGCGAAUGCUGUCAUUAUGGACGAGUGCCCUGGCUGCCCCUCGCCCGGCGGUCUUGACCUGUCCACUGGCCUAUUCUCCUACCUCUCGGACCUCGACGCCGGCGUGAUCUACGCGUCCUGGCGCUACACCGAUGAGGGUGACGACCCCGCCCCGACCACCUCGUCCUCGAAGUGGGUCGCCCCGACCACGUCCGAGUGGGUUGCCCCCACGACGACCUCGAGCAAGAAGCCGAAGACGACCAAGACCCCGACCACGACCUGGACCCCCGAGCCGACCACGACCUGGUCGAGCAGCUCGGAGUGGUCGUCGUCGUCGAGCUGGACCCCCAGCACCACCUGGACCCCGUCUUCCUCAUCUACCCCGUCGUCCUCGAGCGUGCCCACCUCCAGCUCGAGCGCCAGCUCCUCCGCGAGCGUCGCGCCCGCCGCGCUCACCACCUCUACUGGCCCGGACACCCUCGCGAAGCUCAACCAGGCCGUCCUCGGUCUCGCCGAGAUCGUCAUCGCUGGCGCUCAGGCGGCCUGAGCGACACCGUGAUUCUGCUGCCUUCCGCGCACCAUUUGUUGCUGUCGCGGCUGACAGUUUAUGGCCAUAGACGCUGAUCACCCUGUAUACCCAAUCUGAUCUUACCUUUCGUUUUAUACGCCUUCUUGACUUAUGGGUCCCUGUUGCUGUACUCUAUGCAUGGUGUAUAGAGCGUGGCGAACAAUACUAUCCAGGAUGUUGCGUUUCCAUUGUGAUCGGGACCACACAUUACUAUCUGCCGACAUAGGAUAUGAUGCAUUCACGUGCGGCUACC